AUGCAAUCUAAUUCUUGGUGGUCCUCGUCUUCGGAGGAAGAGGAGAUGUUUUACGCAAACAUUGUGCUAAGGGCGACGAAGAAGAGGAAGAGGUCUCGUCCGAAAGGAGUGCACAAGAAAUUGGUGAACGAUUAUUUUUCGGAUGCACCCUUUUACAAUGCCAAGAUUUUUAGACGUAGGUUCCGAAUGAGUCGCCGGUUAUUCACAUGCAUUGCGGAUGAUUUGGCGGGGGAAGACCCGUUUUUCACGCAACGAUACGAUGCUCGUGGUUAUGAAGGGUUCACCACGUUACAAAAGUGUACCGCGGCCAUUCGCCAACUGGCGUACGGGACAGUGGUCGACGCUUUAGACGAGUACUUACAGAUGUCAGAAAGAACUACGCGGGAAUGUUUGUAUCGGUUUUGCGAAAAUGUGGUGCAACUCUAUAGCAAAAAAUAUUUGCGGAAACCAAACGCGUAUGAUGUUCAACAGUUGUACCAAGCUCAUGAAGCACGGCAUGGCUUUCCGGGAAUGCUCCGUAGCAUUGAUUGUAUGCAUUGGGCAUGGUAUAACUACCCGAAUACGCGGCGAGGCCAAUAUACGCGAGGCGAUCACGGCCAUCCAACUUUCAUACUUGAGGCCGUGGCAUCACAAGAUUUGUGGAUCUGGCAUACUUUCUUUGGCCUCCCCGGUUCACUUAACAACCUUAACGUGAUAUACCAAUCAGCGACCUUCAGCGACGUCGUAAAUGGGACCGGUCCGGACACUAGUUUUUCAGUUUCUUGGGUUGAGUAUAGGCGCGAUUAUUAUCUUGCUGACGGAAUAUAUUUGUCUUACUCUACAAUUGUCAAGACUAUUCCAUAUCCAGAGGACGAAAAAAGAAAAAAUUUGCCAAGGGUCAAGAAGCGGCAAGAAAAGACAUCGAACGUUGUUUUGGUGUUCGACAAUAAAAAUGGGCCAUCAGUGAACAACCGGCACGUGCGUUCACACCGAAGAGACGAAGGUAGGGCGAUUUGUGAGUAUAAUGAGAAUACAUCUAUCGGCAAUACUGUCCCGGUAGAUCCGGCGCAACAGGAUUUAAACUCGUUCUCGCUAACCAACGAUUUCACGUAUGCAAACCAUCAAACGAAUUUGGUAGAACAUAUAUGGAACAAUGCAAACGACGGGGACGGUGACGAAGACGAUAACGAGUAG